AUGGAAUUAAACCAGACAGACACCGGCUCCGUGUGCUUCCUGCCUUCCCUGCGCCGUCACCCGGGGAAGCCCCCGGCCCCGACCCCGCGGAGGCACCGGGCGCCACACACGGUGGCUCGGACGCGCCAGCUCGGGGGCUGGAUUCCCAGCGCGGGGUCUGCGAGCGCGAGGGGUGAGCCGGCGGCCGGACGCCGGGCAUCACUGCGGGAGGAACAAGGUUGCCAUGGAGGCGGGGGCGGAGCCUGCGCGCGGCGCGGACUCGUGACGCAACUCGUAGGCGCCCGGCCAGCGGCCGGUCCGUGGGCGCCGGGAUGGAGCGGGAGCGGUUGGUGUGGAGCGUCUCGGCGCUGCAGGCCUGCGUCCGGGGCUUCUUGGUCCGACGCCACUUCCAGAGUCUUCGGGCUGAGUAUGAGGCUAUUGUACGAGAAAUCGAGGGUGAUCUGGGCACGCUUCAGUGGACAGAGGGCUGGAUUCCCAGGCCCCAAUUUAUCCCUGAGAAGUGACAGCCCCUGGUUUCAGGAUGAGCACAGCAGGAAAGCCAGGAAUGUCAGCCAAGAGGAGAUCAGAGAUACGCCAAGUAUGGAAAACCCAGAAGCUGCAGGUCCAGGACUGCCCUACAGCCCCACAGAGCUCCGGGAGCUCCAGUACCACCACAACCACUUGGCCAUGGAACUGCUGUGGCUGCAACAGGCUAUCAGUAGCCGUAAGGAGUACCUGAUUCUCAAACAAACACUGACAUCUGGCCCAGAGGUGAGCCGGCCCAGAGACAAGCCCAGCUUGUGCCCAGAUGGCAGGACACAGACCUGUGAGAGGGCUGGGUCACAAAGAAGCCCGCCACCAAAAAACCAGUCCUACAAAGACAGGACCACUAGAGAGCCAGACUAUGUGGGUGACUGUUGGAGGCUCAAAGCACAACGCCACAAGUCCCUGGAAAGACUGGCCACUACAGACAAAACCACUGCUGGGAACAAGUACAGUGACCCAUGCUACAGAAGAGCUGGGCCACAGCUUCCCACACUAUCAGAUAACCAGGCCUUAGAGAACAGGUUCGCCAAAGAGCUAGACUGUGGAGAACAGACCUUUGGACGGACCUGCCCGCAGUGGAUGACUGCCCUGGAUGACCACACCCCCAAAGGCCUCAAACCCAGGGGCUCCUAUUCCGAAAAGGCCAGGACCUGGGUGCCCACACUCUGUGAAGACCCAGAUAUUGAGGACAAGUCUCCCAGAGGGCCGGAACACAGAGAGGCCAAUCGCCAAAGUGCUAGGCCACGGAAGUUGGACCUCUCAGAGGACUUUGGCAUCUGGGAUGAGACCUUGGCAGAGUAUGGUGGCCAGGAUCUCUGGAAGACUAAACCACCUAAGGGCCAGUUCCCUAGUGACAAAAGCUCCAGAGACAGAACCUCCAAUGAACCUAGCCACGAGGAAGGGAAAAACCAGAGGACUGUACCAUGGCAAUCAAGGCCGCCUGAGAAACUGUCUUCAACAGGGACACUCCACAUGGGAAAGGAAGGCCCUCCCUGGGGAGCCAGGGGGAAGACCCGCUUCCAAAGGGGGGUGCUAUGAGAGGGUGAUGAGGGAGGCAGGGCUUCAUUCUUGCUCCCUGCUACCAGCUCUACCUUCUGCCCUUGGCCAUUGGUGGCUAAUGGGACCAAGAGAAGCUGGAGCAAGGAGCUGGCACCAGCAUAGGGAGAGGAAAGGAAGAGACUCUCUUCCAUCCUCUGUCUGUAGCUUAAUCCAAAUUUUGGGACAGGGAGUUAUCCGGGGUAAGUAAAGUGGGGAGCUUGAUAGAGAAUAAAGGUUUUUCAUGGAUUCUACACCUGGUUACAUUCAUCAUCUGUCUCUGUUCAGGAUCGACAUUGGGCCUUCCUGUUCCCUACCUGCUGGCAUGGGGCAUCUUCCCAGGGCUGGCUGGGAGCCACAGUCCAGGGGCUGACUGGCCAUCCUUGGGAACAGCCCCCAAAGCUGAUCUUCCUUUGAGCUCAGCCCUUGGCCUUCGGAGUGGCAGGGCGCCUCAGAAUUCUUCCCUCUAUCCAGUAUUGGAACAUCUGUGUUUCAGUGUUAUCUCAGCACUGCCUCUC